AUGAAUUCUAUAGCUCAAAAAUAUACGAACUUACAAAAUAACGACAUCUUAAAUGAAAUCAAUUCAAUCAAUACAUCACGUACAUCCAAUCAAUCAUUAAACUUGGCUCCAUCAAUUUCCAUACCACCAAUUUCACAACCAACCGAUUUUUUGAGAGCACAUACUGAUGAUUCACAAAACCCUGACUGUAAAAUAAAAAUUGCUCAUGGUACUACAACCUUGGCAUUCCGUUUUCAAGGAGGAAUCAUAGUCGCAGUUGAUUCCAGAGCAACAGCCGGUAAUUGGAUUGCUUCACAAACUGUUAAUAAAGUGAUAAGGAUCAAUCCAAUGUUACUUGGUACAAUGGCAGGGGGUGCAGCAGAUUGUCAAUUUUGGGAAACUUGGUUAGGUACACAAUGUAGAUUACACGAAUUAAGAGAAAAAGAAAGAAUUUCAGUUGCAUCAGCUUCAAAGAUUUUAAGUAAUCUAGUGUAUUCUUAUAAAGGAAUGGGAUUAAGUAUGGGUACAAUGGUGUGUGGUCAUACAAGAAAAGAAGGCCCAACCAUAUAUUACGUGGAUUCAGAUGGUACAAGGUUAAAGGGAGAUUUGUUUUGUGUUGGUUCAGGUCAAACUUUCGCUUAUGGAGUUUUAGAUUCUGAAUAUAAAUGGGAUUUGACUGUUGAAGAAGCUUUGUAUUUGGGUAAAAGAAGUAUAUUAGCGGCAACUCAUAGGGAUGCUUAUUCUGGUGGGUCGGUUAAUUUGUAUCAUGUGAAUGAAGAAGGUUGGACAUAUCAUGGUAAUUACAACGUUGGUGAAUUGUUCUGGGAAGUAAAAGCUAAAGAGCACUCGUUUGUUAAUGUUGAAGGUUGA